AUGACCAGUAUCAAGCGCUCAUUGGAAGACGAUUCACAGGGGAAAACAGAUCUAGUGGAUCAUAGAACUUAUAAAAGGCAACGUCGAAGGUAUCUAGACACCAUAAAUUUGAGAAAUUUAGACUUUGAUGUCGAGAAGACCUGCUCCAUAACACUUUCUCCCCUAAAUGUGUACUGCUGCCUGGUAUGCGGUAGGUAUUUGCAGGGACGAUCAUCUAACACUGUGGCAUUUCGCCAUUCGAUUGAAGAAGGCCAUCACAUUUUCGUGAGCAUGGCCACCCGAGCUUUUUACGCUUUGCCAGAAAACCACGAAAUAGCUCAAGAAAGCGCCCACGUCCUAAAAAAAAUUGACCAAUUAAUUCGACCUAGCUACACACAACGAGAUAUUGAACAAUAUCCUUUGAAAUGUUACGACUUGAAUGAUCACGCUUUUCAAAAUGGUUUCGUAGGCCUCAAUAACUCCGCAUGUCCCUCCUAUGUCAACGCGAUCUUAUUGGUACUUUCGCACAUACCACAAGUUAGAAACGUGUUUUUACUUAAAGGGACCGAGAGCUUUGAGCUGGAUUUGAUAAAAAAAAUUGCUUUGAUGGUGAAGAAGAUAUGGUCUCCACACCUUCUUCGCGCUCAUGUCUCUCCAUUCGAAAUAUCUCAACAAUUAUCCUUGGAAUCCAAAAAGAUACAGACUGUAAACAGAAUAAAGAAUCCUCAUGAUUUUCUGAUAUGGAUUAUUCACUACAUCACGUCAAACAUUCCCAACAACGAACUCUCCGAGACCCUCGUUCGCGAUUGUCGCGGGGUUGUCGAAAUUAAGACCAAAAAAAUCAAAGAUGUUGGGCGCGAUUCUUCGCGGGAUACAAAGUUUACGGAGUUUGAUGGAAAGGAGUCAUCGCGAAAAACCACAUUUUGGAAUUUGAGCUUAGAUUUACCACUAAUGUCUUUUUUGAAUUAUGAGAAUAACGCCAACGAUUUGCCUCAAGUUAAAUUAGAGACUCUUCUGGAGAAAUUUUUGGGGCAGAAGGAUGUUCGAGCUGCUGAUCGAGUAUCGAGGUACAAACUUCUUGAAUAUCCUAAGAUUCUUUUCAUUCUUUUUAACCGCUUUACAAAAGGUGCCAAACUUCCCAUCAAGGAGCGGAAUCGGACGAUUGUAGAGUUCCAACCUGAAUUGAAACUUGAUGGUUUUACAUAUAGGCUAAUUGGGAAUAUAGCCCACGAGACAAUGAGUAGGCAAAAGAGGGGUGAGGUGAACCAAGUUGAUGAAGCCGACGAAGUCGAUGAAGAAAGUGAAUGGAAAACCCAACUUCUCGAGCCGAGAAGUCAGGAAUGGUUUGAGUUCGGUGAUAAAGAAGUCAAACCCAAAGAGAAGCAGCUACUCUUCCUAAGCGAGACGUUUGUACAGGUGUGGCAGAGAAGCUGA